AUGUUACCAAUCACGGCAUCUGUGGUAGCACUGAGAGGACUCAUCCUUAUCUGUCUGCUUCAGCUGAGUGUUCAGGAGGAUGUGAACAAAGUCGCCCUCGCUAAAAUGAUUAAGUAUUUUGACGACAAUGUUCAACCAAAGCCUGGUGCUCAGUAUGCAAUAGCGAUCCGUCUCACAAAGAAACAGUGCACAGAUGAAAAGUUUUCUGUGAUGUCUGUGUUCAGCAGACCAGAUGCUAAAAUAGUAAAAGAUAAAAUUAGUAAGGGUCAAAUAUGUGAACUCUGUACAAAGCUAAAGAAUGUAAUUGCUGCAAGGCCAAAAUCAGAAGAUCCCAAUGACCAUCCUGAGUAUCGUCUGCUGUUUUCUGAGGGUAAAUCUGUGGGUAAUUCUCCUAUGGACAAACUUUUAGAAAAAGUAGAUAAAAAUACCUGUGUGGUUUUCUAUACUUACAACUCACCACGUGUGAAUGAGUCCAUGAGUGUUAAGAAGAAUAUUUUGAGGGGCCUUUCAAACUGGAAAAAUAAGCAAAAGGAGGGAAUAAAGGUUUUUGUCUUUCAAAACAUGUGGGAAAAGGAUGUGACAGAGAAUCUAACAAACGAAAUCCAAAAGAUUGAUGUGAUAGUGCCCCUUUAUCAAUGUCCUAGAGCUGAAGAAAUGAACUGUUUUAAAUGUCGGGGUCAACAAGCAACCAGUUACUGCCAAACUGUCCCAGAUAAGACAUACUACUGAAAUACUGAUACAUAAAAUAUUGAUACUAUAAUCUCAAAACGGUUUUGAAGUUAAUGUCUUUGCUUUUCUGAUCUGAAUGCUUUUAUGUCAAUAAUAAGUCAGAACUGCAGUAUAUGUUUGCAGAUUUAUCUGCCAUAUUGUGUCUGUUACUUUUGUUGAGAGGU